GAUCAACAAAAAAAUCCAAUAUAUAUCCUUGAAAUCUUCCAAACCUUCUACAUUUUGUUUUCUUAAAGAAAAGAGAAGAAAAAAUGGAAGAGGGAAAAGGGAGGAGAAUAAUCAUGUUUCCUCUACCAUUCACGGGACACUUUACCCCGAUGAUCGAGCUUGCUGCAAUAUUCCACCACCGUGGUUUCUCCUUCACAAUCAUCCACACUUCUUUCAACUUCCCCGAUCCUUCUCGAUACCCACACUUCACUUUCCGAACCAUCACUCACAGAAACGAAGGUGAAGAAGAAGACCCUCUGCUUCAAUCAAAGACGUCUUCAGGUACGGACAUCGUCGUCCUCAUUAGUCUUCUUAAACAAUGCUACGCCGAGCCGUUUCGCCAGUCACUAGCAGCGGAAGUAGGCGGAGGAGGGAAGGUGUGUUGUUUGGUCUCCGACGCUCUAUGGGGGAGGAACACGGCGGUUGUAGCGGAAGAGAUAGGAGUUCGUGGAAUGGUGCUGAGGACAGGUAGUGCAACAUCGAUGUGUGUUUAUGAAGCUUUCCCUGUCCUAAAAGAUAAGGGUUAUCUCCCUAUACAAGAGACUAGAUUAGAUGAGCUAGUGACAGAGCUUCCACCUUUGAAAGUGAAGGAUAUUCCGAUGAUAGAAACGAAAGAACUGGAGAAACUAUACCAAAUACUUAACGACAUGCUGGACGGAGCCAAGUUAUCUUCAGGAGUCAUAUGGAACACAUUUGAAGAUCUUGAAAGACUCUCACUCAUGGAUUGUAACAACAAUUUACAGGUUCCCUUGUUCCCGAUUGGACCGUUUCACAAACAUAGCUACUAUCUUCCACCAAAAUCAAGGAACAAGGACGACGAUAAAAUAACAGAGUGGCUAGACAAGCAAGAUCCGCAGUCUGUGGUCUAUGUGAGUUUUGGAAGCAUUGCAGCUAUAGAAGAGAAGGAGUUUCUCGAGAUUGCUUUGGGUCUUAAAAAUAGCGAACGGCCAUUUUUGUGGGUGGUUAGGCCAGGGAUGGUCCAAGGCGCCGAGUGGCUUGAGUCAUUGCCUAGUGGGUUUGUGGAAAAUAUUGGUCAUAAGGGAAAAAUUGUGAAAUGGGUGAAUCAACUAGAGGUAUUGGCGCAUCCUGCUGUUGGAGCGUUUUGGACGCACUGUGGAUGGAACUCAACACUAGAGAGCAUAUGUGAAGGUGUUCCGAUGAUAUGUACGCCGUGUUUCGCGGAUCAGCAUUUGAACGGGAGGUACAUCGCUGAUGUAUGGCGAGUCGGGAUGUUGUUAGAGAGAAGUAAGAUUGAAAGGAAGGAGAUUGAGAAGGUAGUAACAAGUGUAAUGAUGGAGAAGGAAGAUGGAUUGAGAGAAAGGUGUUUGACGUUGAAAGGGAGAGCUAAUGUUUGCUUAAGCAGAGAUGGGUCUUCUUCCAAGUAUCUAGACAAACUUGUGAGUCAUGUCCUAUCUUUUGAUUCUUAAGCUUUUGCAUGCAAGUUAGAAAAAACUACAAAUGGGCAAUGUAUUCUAAGUCCUCUUCAAACCUUUUGGAUGUUUUGUUUCUUCAUAUAAUAAUAUUGGUUGUUUGGGUUUUA